GAUUUGAAAAAUUAUUCAUUAGAGAGCAUUUUUCACUUCAAAAACCUCCUGAUUUCUAAACACGGAUUGAAGAUCACGAUAAUAAGCCGUUCCGGGUGGGGAUGUACGAAAUGGCUGUGAAAACUCAAUAGUGGGGUACCUCAAGUGGAGUUCUGCCUCGUUAACCAGAGUAACUGACGAUCUGUCGUAGUUAGGAAACAUCAACCCCUGAGUGAUUCCUUGGGUCUGACUUUGACUCCGUGGCCAUGAAUCCAACAUGACUAUGACUUUGAAUCAACCGAGGACCGAGCCAUACCAGUUUUCCACACGUGAUUUCCCCAAAUGGAUUUCUUUUAAUAUGUCUAAUAUUACCUUUACUACAGUGAUUUUAGCUGUACCAAGACACAGUCUCCAACAUUUAGCCCUUUUCAAGGCCGGAAAGAACAUGCUCCCCGUAUAGAAGUGUAUUUUGCACCUUUCCAAACUCCACGACUGAUGAAUGGCCGCCUUACGUUGCCAAAAAAAACCUUGGGAAGUACAAUGGAGCAAAUUAUCUUAUCUUCAGAAGGGCAGAGAUAUAGAAAUUUAGGAUACUACUUCUGUAUCUAAGUAACUAUAGAAUUUUUUUAAUUUGCGCCUUGUCGUAUGUAUUCUCAAUUUUCAAGCUUCUUUCCAGCGACUGCGCCAGUAAUUUCCCCACUUUUCUAGUACAAUUAAGCGUAUUCCUUUUUGAACUUUCAACUCUUUCUCGUAACAGUUCUGGUACCUCUGAUGAACCAAAA